UGAAAAGUGAGAGACAAACCCCCACAGGUGUGAAGAAGACACCAGUGAUACUUUGAUCUCAGUUCAGCCGUCUGCUGUGGGAUGAAGAGAUCUCAGGAGACAUGUGACCAUGAGGAGCUGAACACCUGAGCACACCUGACAUCUCCCUCAUGGAGAAAGAGCUUCACACUGAGCAUCAGCACUGACUCUAGGACCCAUGGAUCAGACGUGGAGCGGAUCAGAGUCUGAAGAAGCUUUUGACUUUCUCUUCAAGAUCAUUCUCAUCGGAGAUUCCAACGUGGGCAAGACGUGUGUGGUGCAGAGCUUUAAAACAGGACUUUACUCCGAGAGACAGCACAACACCAUCGGCGUGGACUUCACCGUCCGGACCCUCCACAUCCACGGCAAGAGAGUCAAGAUGCAGGUUUGGGACACAGCGGGACAGGAGCGAUUCCGCACCAUCACACAGAGUUACUAUCGCAGCGCACACGGGGCCAUGAUCACCUACGACAUCACCCGGCGGGCCACCUUUGAUUCCGUCUCGCGCUGGAUUCACGAGGUCCAGCAGUUUGGAGCGACAAACGUACUCAUGGCUUUGAUAGGUAAUAAGCGUGACCUGGAGGACGAGCGUCAGGUUCCGUUUGAAGACGCUUGUAGGCUAGCCGAUGAAAGAGGUGUAGUGGCGGCUCUGGAGACAUCAGCUAAAGAUUCUCAGAGCAUCGAGGAGGCGUUCGUGAUGAUAGCACAAGAACUUCUGCUGAGGAACGGCAUGAAGAUCACACAAGAGGGUUCACGUCACGACUCAACGCGGGUGAUCCUGAGGACAGACUCGAGACCCCUCGAUCAUCUCACACCAGACACGACAGAUAAAAAGAGCUGCGACUGCUGACGUCAGCUGAUCUGACACUGUGAAUAUUCUGACUGUGGCUGCUUUAAUUUAACAGUAUUUUACUCAUCCAUUUACAGCAUCUGCUAAAUGAAUAAAUAUCACUUUUUACAGAACAUAAAGUCUAUCAUUAUGGGCUUUAUAAAUAAACUUCAGUA